GGAAAACGCAUUCCGGGAAAGAGAGGGAGGAUGAAUCAAAACCAAGGAGGCAACGAUGCUAGGCACGACGAUGAUUCUGCGCUCUCUGAUUUUCUCGCUUCCCUUAUGGACUACACUCCGACUAUACCAGAUGAACUGGUGGAGCAUUAUUUAGCCAAAAGUGGGUUUCAGUGUCCCGAUGUUCGAUUAAUUAGACUAGUAGCUGUUGCCACUCAGAAGUUUGUCGCAGAGGUUGCUAGUGAUGCGCUUCAGUAUGUUUCUAAAUUUUAGUUAUGCCUGUAUAUA